CAACCCUGUCUUGCCGGAUACGUGUCGCUUAAAAACGUCAUAUAUCGAAAAAAUACAUUUGAGAAUUUGAAAAAUCAUUAAUUAAACUAGAAUUAGGCUAAUCCUGUACAUUAAUUAAAUCAAAAUGAGUUUACUAAAAUCGUUGGGAAUGGAGAGUCUCUUAAGUGACGUCCAGAGAAUGGAUAAAAGACAGUUCUUUUAUCAAGUUCUCAGCUUUGGUAUGAUUGUAUCGUCAGCUUUGAUGAUUUGGAAAGGAUUAAUGGUCGUUACUGGAAGUGAAUCUCCAAUUGUUGUCGUUCUGAGUGGAUCUAUGGAACCUGCUUUUCAUCGAGGCGAUUUGUUGUUCCUGACUAAUUAUCCAGAGGAGCCUGUUCGUGUUGGAGAAAUUGUAGUUUUUAAGGUAGAGGGACGAGACAUUCCUAUUGUCCACAGAGUAAUCAAAUUGCACGAGAAGUCUGAUGGAACUGUAAAAUUCUUAACAAAAGGUGAUAACAACUCUGUAGAUGACAGGGGACUUUAUGCCCCAGGACAGUUAUGGCUUACGAAAAAGGACAUUGUUGGAAGAGCUCGCGGAUUCCUUCCUUACGUUGGAAUGAUUACUAUCCUUAUGAACGAAUAUCCUAAUUUCAAAUAUCUUAUUCUAUCAAUACUGGCGAUUUAUGUGCUUUUGCAUCGAGAAUAAGACUUAAACUUUUGUGUUUUCAUAACAAAUAUUUUUUCUAUCUUCUAACAUUUCAUUUACACAAGAUCGAAUUGAUCAAGCAACGCGAUUAAGGAAGAAAAGAUGCAAAUUGAAGUUUGUUGGGGAUUUGACGGAUAAAAUUUGAAAAAAUGUUUCAGAACCAUCCAAAUUAACCUGAAAACAUUACAAAUCCCAAAAAGUUUCUCAAAGCCCUCCAACGGUUAUACAAAACAUUUGUAUGGUUCUUAAACAUUUUUCAAAUUUUUCCGUUAAAUUUUUAAAACUGAAUUUCAAUCAAUAAAGUCUCUUGUUCAUUUUUGUAUUUAAGCAUAACGUCUGAAAUGAUUUGUCUUAUUAAUUAAGUGUCGGUCCCAGAGCUCAAACUUCCAGACCAAUAAGAAAGAAGCCGGUGAACAUUUGUAAACUUUGUUUAAUGAUUUUGUGAGAAUUGAAAUAGAGCAUUUUU